UCACGACGUCAUCGGUAGACUUGGGUGUGUCACACGUCAAUCAAAGUUGACGCUCACUUUAAACCAGCAGUGACGACUAGCGGGAGUGUGAGAGAAACGAAACCCUGUUCCUUGACGACAGUAUACUUAUGUAAUUUUAAAUUUCAGUAACUUUAUAAAUAACUAAGCAGUAAAAUAGCGACGUAUAUAGCUUUAUCUGCUUAAGUGCGAUUAUUUUUGUGUCGCUGAAGGCGUGUCGCGCAUCUGUUAUUAUGCUUAGAACUCCCAUGUGAUGCAUUUAUAUUGUCUUCACUAAGAUAUCAAUGACAGAUGGCUGGACAAAACUCGGAAAUCGAGCUUGAUUUGAUCAAAACUGAAGAGAGAAGCUCUUUUGUAAAAGCUGGAGCGGAGGUGUCCAGCACAGCACCUGGGAGACUCUCACCUAUUCCUGAACUGGAUCCCUGGGAAAGAGAAGCAGACACGGACUCUACGGAAUUCACUUACUCCUUAUGCUCAGUGGACAGGUACAGCACUGCCAGCAGCUCCCUGUCUGACUCCCAGGAGAGAGGAGAGCUCUGUGCUAGGAUUGUACUAAAUUGCCUCUUCUGCCGAUUCUACGACCUGUUCCUCAUGCUACCUGAAACAUGCGAGCGAGCUGCUAACUCCAUCUGCCCGACCUACAUGCUUUUCUCUCCACCCGCGGAACCUGCGCACAACACCAACUGGAACUGCAGUUGUGAUUUUGACUGUGGCCUUAGGGACGCCUGCCAUGAAACAGGGGAAUGCCUUGAGCUAGCGAUGGAAAUUUCGGAGGUUUGCUAUCACUGAGGUGCCUGCAAAAAUGAAGCUGUCAAAGUUGCUUCGUUGGAAGAACACUUUACAAUUUUGUCCCAUUUUGGGAAGGAAAAAUUGCUGAUUUUAAAUCAAAGAACACAACAGUCUAUGCCAAAGCAAGCUAAUAUAUGGCCAUUUUAGGCUAGAAUAAUCAAAUCAAGAAAAAUAUAAACAUAAACAUGACAUUUAAAGCUACUAUAGGUGAUUUCACAUGAAAUUUCAACUCUUCCCAUCUUCCAUAUUCCAACCCCUAAAGUCACGUCAUUGGUUGAAGUGGUAGAGAAGCGCUUCCAAGUUUUUUGAUUGGUUAAGGUGAGUGGCUUUCUCUUAACCCAAGACCUCCUGUUAAACAGGCUCCUUAACAUGUUUUGACUCAGUUCGAUCAUUGACUGAUUUUGAAGUGAUCAAAUACCGAGAACCGAAAUAAACUUAAGCACUUUGAGGUUGUAUAUCGGAAGGCUGAUAAAAUGAUCCUAUCAGCUUCACUUGGUAAACAGUUCUACACAAUAACAGGCCCUUGUGCCAGCGUAUGCCGAUUUUUUAUCACAAUGAACAGCGAAGUGGAGAGAAAAGGCCUUCAGUGUGUCCCCGUGUUGAUGGCUUGUUUAAACUAGAGUGCAGUUGUUAACAGCCGGUUUGAGACGGUGUUUUGUAGGACACUUGUCCUUCUAGGGCCCAUCAACCUUUGUUCUUCGUUCAGGAAGACUGCUCUCUUGAGUGUACGGCGACGGUGUAAUAGAUCGUUUUUGUCAGCGCCAGGCUCUCAUCACGUAAUGGGCAAAGCAACACUUUUGUUCGGUGUUUGUGUGCAUGUAAUUCAGGCAUCUAUUUCAGGGAGAGGUCAAGGUAGGAGAACGAUCAUGCCAGGCAGUGGGCUGGAGUGUUAUUGUGUUAUCUUGGCUUGCUAAACAUUUGUUUUCGGUUAUCAGAUAGAGAUACCCACUGAGUAACAUGGUUGUUCAAACAACAGAAAAACCUUGGCGCAGUUAGCCAAGAAGUGGCUAGUGCUGUCUUUUUUCCUACAAUCCUAAAUGUUUGAUAUGCAUUUUUGUGUAAACAAAAAGUCAUGGUACAAACAAUCAUAAGAUUUUUUUUAUCAGUCUCCCAACAAAUCAAAUUGCUGGGUUGCAACAAUAAGCUCUUUCAGUGGAUUUGCCAAAAUGUUUGCCAGAUUAGUAGCAUUAAAUCCUAGAGGAAAUUUCAGACUUUUGAUUAGGGGACUUGAAGCAUGUAAACUUGAUAUCCACAAGAAAAACUGUAAUUGUUUUGAGUUAGUGUAUGUUGUUGGGUUUUCCUCAAAAUCAGACUGGUACAAAAAUGAUUAUGAUAGUUAAAGUUUCCACCAAAAUGCUAAUGUUAUAGUUACUGAUACUAAAAUAUUUAGGGCAUUUACACAACACCGCUUUCACCGUUUUGGUCAUUCAUUUACACAACAACAGCGUUUUGGGGGCCUGAAAACGGGUUUCAAAGUGAAAGUUUUUGAAUACGAUACUGUUGGUGUCUCCGUGUAAACUACAAAAACAUGAA